ACCGCACCGCCGCGGCCAUUCCGUUCGCGAGAUUCGCCGUCGUCGCUGCUGCUACCGUAUAUAAUACAACAUAGUCGCGGGGCGUACAUUAGCGAGAGCCAAUAUCUACUAUAAGCCGUAUAAAUAAGCGCGCCGCGUGCCAGCCGACGUUUUGUUUCUUUUCGGGUACGAAGCAGUCGAGAAGUGUGUUGUUGCCUCCGUAGUCACUUUUUAUAACCGCUAACCGCUACACCAUGAAGUUCGCGCUGGUGUUGUUCGGCCUGUUCGUGGCUGGCUGCUCGGCCGCCACCGAGAUCCCGACCGAGGACGAGGUCCUCGUCCUCGGCAAGGACAACUACGACGAGGCUCUGAGCCAGCACGAUUACGUGCUCGUCGAAUUCUAUGCCCCAUGGUGCGGACACUGCAAAGCUCUGGCGCCGGAGUACGCCAAGGCCGCCAAGAAGCUGCUCGAGCAGGGAUCCGCGGUGAAGCUCGCCAAGGUCGACGCCACCAUCGAGGCCGAGCUCGCCGAGAAGCACGAGGUCAAGGGCUAUCCCACUCUCAAGUUCUUCCGCAAGGGAACACCCCUGGACUACACGGGCGGUCGCCAGGCCGACGACAUCGUCAACUGGGUGACCAAGAAAUCUGGCCCAGCUGUCGUCCCGUUGGCCGAUGUCGAGGCAGCCAAGAAGUUCGUCGACGCCACCAACGUCGCCAUCGUCGGUUUCUUCAAGGACCAGGAGUCCGCCGACGCCAAGACCUUCAUGGAGGUCGGCAAUCACUACGAUGAGUACGGCUUCGGUGUGAGCAGCAGCGACGACGUCUUCGGCGAGUACUCCGCCGAGGACGGCCAGAUCUACCUGUUCAAGAAGUUCGACGAGGGCAAGGUCCUGUUCGAGGGCGAGGUCAGCAUCGAGAACCUCAAGAAAUUCGUCGACCUGCAGUCCCUGCCCCUGAUCGCCGAAUUCAACCAGGAAUCGGCACGCAGAAUCUUCGGCGGCGACAUCAAGACCCACCUGCUGGUCUUCCUCAGCCAGGAAGCCGGUCACUUCGAGAAGUACGUGGAGGAGCUCAAGGAACCCGCCAAGAACUUCCGCGGCAAGCUGCUCUUCGUCACCAUCAACGCCGACGACAACGACCACGAGCGCAUCCUCGAGUUCUUCGGCAUGAAGAAGGAGGAGGUCCCGGUAAUGCGUCUGAUCCAGCUCGAGGAGGACAUGGCCAAGUACAAGCCCGAGAACCCGGAAGUUAGCGCGGCCAACAUCCAGGAAUUCGUAUCGGCCUUCUUCGACGGCAAGCUCAAGAGGCACCUGCUCACCCAGGACCUGCCCGAGGACUGGGACAAGACCGGAGUCAAGGUGCUGGUCGGCACCAACUUCGCCGAGGUCGCCUACGACACGAAGAAGCACGUACUCGUCGAGUUCUACGCGCCCUGGUGCGGACACUGCAAGCAGCUCGCCCCCAUCUACGAGCAGCUCGGUGAGAAGUACAAGGACAGCGACAAGAUCGUGAUCGCCAAGAUGGACGCCACCGCCAACGAGUUGGCCGACGUCAAGAUCUCCAGCUUCCCCACGAUCACCUUGUACAAGGCCGAGACGAAUGAGGCUGUCGAAUACAACGGCGAGAGAACGCUCGAGGCUCUCUCCAAGUUCGUCGAAUCCGAAGGCAAAGAGACUCAAGGCCCAGUCGAGACCGAGGAAGAAGACGAAGACGACGACGUCCCACGCAAAGACGAGUUGUAAAUUAAUUUCGCACCUUUAAGAAAAGACGAAACAACAACAACAACGAAUCGCGAGACGAUAUCCCGGAAAAUAUUCGCCAUCCAUCGUCGGUAGUCGUCUCGAAGAUUUCUCAAACGCGAUGUCGAUUAUACAUAUAUUUUUUUUUCUAUCGACGUGAGCUAUAUAACAAUUUGGCUGUUGUAUACAUCAUCUCACUCAAAGCCUUAACUACACUCACACACACACACACAUUUUACAUAAGUUCGUGCUACAUUCGUUGUGUACAUUUUAAUCAUUGAAUUUCCUUGUACAGUUGUCAAAGCCUCCGCGCUUUGUGAUUUAAUUUUUUUUUAUGUAACUCAUGUAUAACUAAUGUUGUGCCGGUACUAACUGCGCGGAAAAUUCACUUGAAGAAACAAACCUUGUACGCUAGAAAAUAUACGCGUCUUCCAUCGUUGGCGUGGUAGUUUUUAAGAUUUUAUUCUUCGUAGCCAGUACUAUUAUAUUUUUUUUUUUUU